AUGAGGUUGUGUGAAGAGCUGAAACAAUGGAAAUUGUGUUUGCCGAACCAACCGUAUAUGUUACCAAACAUGCCUAAAAAGAGGUGUCGGCGUCGAGUUAGGCGGAAACGGAAACCACCGGAACCACCCGAGAAAGUCAUUGUCACUGUAAGUGAUGCAGGCACGCGGAAAGUUGCCGUGCAACGAGUGGUCCCAAAACGUGAAAAACAAGACUCGAGGAGGCUGAGAACAGAAGAAGGAGAAGGAGAAGAAAAUGGAACUGAAAAAAAUCGUUCUCACAACAUGUCUACACAAACUACAUUUCAUGACCUUGAGUUCCUCCUCACAGAUCCCCGGAUUCAGGAGACGAGGUCUAGGAGGGAAAUGCUACCAGGCGAGGUGAUCUACACCCGUAAUACCGCUGCCCAGCGAACAUACCGCACUGGAGACACAACUCUAAAAGUGGAACAUCUGUCUACAGACAAUAUUGUCGUCCAAAUUGACACGAACACCCCAGCGCGCGGACGAUCGGAUAAUGGAAAAGUACGAGGAGAUGGUCGAGAAAACCAUGAAAACGGACGCAAGGACAUCGAGUGUGGAAAAAACGAAGAAAAGGAUGAAGGAAAGAUGAAUGAAGAAAAAGACAAAAGAGACAAAUCUAAUGGUAAACAAACUACAUUUUCAAACGAAGCUGUCGAGAUAAUCACAGAAAAGACAGAGAGUACAACGAAGGUUCGCCCACCCAGCAAGGUGGCUAAAGCGUGCGGACAUAGGCUACCUAUGGUUCGCGUAGGAGGAGGGUGGAUGGAAGUCCCAGAUUAUCUUCGUUUCCACGUGCCGAUGCACGUGCAUGUCGAAAAUACAAAAGAUGGACAGGAAGGAAAUGUGAUAAUAAGGUCACAGCGACCAAGGUCACAACUGUUCUCAAAGAAAGGAGAAAGUCCAAGCUGGACGGCCACAUUAAGUAGAGGCACAAAAGGGAGCGCUUCAACGACAAUGAGACAAAGACUUGUAUAG